AUGUCAUCCUCAUCCCUCUCGGAAGCUCUGUUCAACCAAAUCGACGGCUAUGUCGACGGGCUCGCCCCACAGAUCCAGCCCCGCAUCGCGUCCGAGCUGGAGCUGUUCCAACAAAAGACCAUCGACAGUCUAGAGACACAAGUCAUUGAUGCGUUCCGAUCGCUGUUCGACAAGAACAAGAGUGAUACCUCUGCCAGGGACCUCAACGAUUCAGCACCAGAUGCCUACGGCGGCCAAUCCCUGCCGUUUGCCGAUGAGAUCUCGAAGCUGGCUCAGGGCUUCGGCAGGCUCUCUGACGGAGCGAGUGAUGAUUUGCGCGAUAUCUUCGACCUUACAGAGAAUCGUGGCUCCCCAGACCAGGCCCGGUCACAGGAUUCCGGUUUCUCUGGCGGAGCGCGGGGCUUCCUAUCUUCUGCUAUUGAUGCUGUACAAGACCACUUGGAGAAGAACACUGGUGGUUCUGGUCAACCCGGCUUCGAAAUUGGAGGAAUGCUUGGUGUAAUCAGCAACACCCUCAAAGAUGCAUCUCGAAACCCCGAAGAGAAGGCCCGUCUCAUCAGCCCAGAGAUUAAGGAUAGAGUGGGCGAGAAGCUUCGUUCACAGCAUGGAAACAUCGCAGAGCAGUUUACACGGAUCGCUUUAGACCAUCUCAAGCGCUGGCUACGAGGUAACACGAGUACACGCGACAUCGGCGACGGCGCAAAAGGUGAAAUCGAAGACCGCGUGAAGGAUCUGGUGAAAGGCUUUGGCGGACUGUUUGGCAAGAAGUCGUCUAACGAGGAAGGUUCGCGGGGUAUUGAUGGUCCAGAUCGUGAUGGACAAUCCGAUGGAGACAGCGGCGGUUUCUCAAAGAUGAUAAGCGACAAGCUCAGCACAGGUCUUGCCAAGGUGCACAGAGAAGUACGAAUCGAGUUCCGAAAGGUAUUGGGUGAGAUCGAGAAGCAGCUGUUUGAGUUGUUGCCAGACCAGUUCCAGGCUCCGCUUGAAAAGAUCUUGGGUGGCAAUCCUUUCGACUCACAGCUCGACCGGGACGCUAGCGGUCAGGCUGAUCGGAGCUUCGGAGACGACAUCAAAGCCAAACUCGUUGGCAAGAUUCGCGAUCUUGUAAGAAAAGUACAAGAAACACUUCGCGAGAGCAUUCUCGGAGUUGUAAAUGGUGGCCAUCGGAAGCUUGAGCAUGAAAGCUGGUUCUUCGUGCAAAACAUCGUGGAGCAAAAGAUACAGAGAUACCUUCCCGAUGUCAAGAUCACGGUACCAGACGAUAUUGGAAACGAAGGUGUUAGUGUAGGAGCACCGGUUGCGAACACGGAUAUUGGUGGCGGAACGCAAUCCAUGCCUCCGUCAGGCGCUCAUCACGAGUCUGAACCGCCGAGUGGACAGUAUGGCGGACAACACCAAUCACAGCAAGGAUACAAUGCGCCUCCACAGUACCAAGACAGUCAGAAUUACCAAUCUGGAUCGUAUUCACAGCAGGGAAACCAGUCGUACCAGCAACAAUCCCAGUACGAUCGACCGAACCAAUACGCACCACCUCCUCAGGACUAUCAACAGAACCACAACCCCCCUCAAGGUCACUAUCAGCAACAAGGAGACACGUACCAGCAGCAAGGCAAUUACCAGAACAAUCAAUCGGGAGAUGGUUAUCAGCAGCAGGAUUAUAGACCGCGGUACUGA